UUUAUAGGGUGGAUUGGAGUACUGGAGUGGUUAAGGAGGAAAUGGGAGAAAGACUUAAUAAUUGGGCGAUGCAAUUAGAAGAUGAAUUGAAGCUAAUGACAACAACCGAAACUGCAGAAAUGCAGCAAUGGAACAAGCAAUCCAUAUACAAAGUCCCGAAAGGCGUCACGGUUUUGAACAGUUACGCCUACAAGCCUCAGUUCGUCUCGUUCGGGCCUUACCAUCACAUGGAGUCCCACUUGGAGCAGAUGGAGAAGCACAAACGCCGCGCUCUCCUCCAUUUUCUAAAGAGGUCCCGAAAGCCUCUUGCAUACUACAACGCGGCUCUGGCCGAAGUCGCUCAAAGCCUGAAAGACUCCUACGAGUCACUCGAUCCUCGUUGGGAAGCUGACACCGAGCGGUUCUUGGUGCUGAUGAUUCUUGAUGGCUGUUUUAUGCUCGAAGUCCUACGUACCUCAACGCUGGAGAUGGAUGAUUAUUCUGUAAAUGAUCCGAUCUUUAGCAAGCACGGGAAGCUCCACGUUGUGCCUUAUAUCAGACGUGACAUGAUGAUGCUUGAAAAUCAACUCCCCAUGCUUCUUCUCACCACGCUUGUUGCUGUUGAAAAGGAGGAGGGAACUGAGAUUGCAAUCAAAGAUCAUGAGGAAUUUGUGAACAAGCUCAUUCGGGAAUUCUGCUUCCCCAACCCCUGGUUCCCACUCGACUCCAGCAUUGGCAAAUGCUUGCACUUACUCGACGUGUACAGGUCAAGUCUCCUUAUGGAAGACACCCGCGAGAGAAUUGCCUUUCUAUUCAAGAGGAGGAGGAGCACGGGAGGAGCUGGCAAUUACGAGGUCAUCCGGUCUGCGAUGGAGCUCAGCGAUGCCGGAAUCCGAUUCAAGAAAAGCAGGAGCGCAAGCCUGAAUGACAUCUCCUUUACAGGCGCCGGGGUGCUGAGUCUCCCGCCCAUAGUGUUGGACGACACUACCGAGUUUACGUUUCUCAACCUCAUUGCUUUCGAGCGGUUCCAUGUUGAGGCGGGGAACGAGGUCACCUCCUAUAUCUUCUUCAUGAGCAAAAUCAUCCAAGGGGCCGAGGACGUUAGCCUCUUGCACGCCGCAGGGAUCAUCAAGAAUGCCAUCGGCAGCGACAAAGGCGUGCUCAAGCUCUUUGAUUCCCUCUCUAGGGAUGUAACGCUUGACCCGGACAGCAGCCUGUAUGAGUUGCAUGGGAAGGUGAAUAGGUACUGGAAGGAGCGGCGAGUGCGUGUGUAUCUCAUGAAGAACUAUUUUAGGAACCCUUGGGCGAUUCUCUCGCUCAUAGCUGCUGUUUUCCUUUUCUUCUUCACGCUGGCACAAACGGCAUACACCAUUCUAUCGCAUCACGAUCCGACCAAGAAUCCUAGAUGAUCCGUCCCCUCCAUCCCCAAAAUAAGGCCAGUUAGUUUGAUCGCUUGCAAAAUAAGGCCAGUUAAUUGCCAGAGAUAUAUGCUUGC